AUGAAGCAAGAAAAUUGCUUCGAUGUUCGAGGCCAAUCUAUAGCUGUUGCCGGGGGGUCCAGGGGUCUUGGUCGCGAGCUGGCGCUGCAUUUAAUUGACCAAGGUGCAAAUGUCAACAUAAUAGCUCGAACGCAGAAGCCGCUGGACGACACGCAAAAGGAAAUGCAGGCUCGUGUGAAAAAAUCAGACCAGGUUGCCAGCUCUACAGCACUUGAUCUGACGGAUGCAGCAAAAGUUGAAAACUUCGUUGCGUCGCUUUCCGAUACCUCAUCGACCCUAUUCUGCGUCGCAGGAGGAACUGCAGAUGAAGUCGGGUUCUUUGCUGAUAUCUCGCCAAACGAUAUCAAGUCAUGCCUGGAACGAAAUUAUUUAUCAGCUGCGUUUAUUGCGCACGCCUUCUUGAGACGUUGGCUAAAACAACCACCUUCAGAGAACAUCACUCGUCAUAUAAUAUUCACAGCAUCUACAGCAGCAUUUGUCGGACUUCCAGGGUAUAGCGCAUAUUGCCCUACGAAAGCUGCAACGCGUGCGUUGGCAGAUACACUUCGGCAGGAAUUGCUUCUCUACCGGUCUCAACAGGACAUUCGAGUCCAUUGUACUUUUCCAGGGACAAUAUACACAGACGCCUUCUUUCAAGAGCAGUUAAGAAAACCUCAUCUGUUGAAAGAGCUUGAAGGCUCUGAUGAAGAUGGUGGUGGCUUACCUGCAGGCAGAGUUGCGGAAUUGAUACUUUCAGGACUCAAAAAGGGGCAUUACUUUAUUACUGUGGAUAGUGAUACAGCGUUGUUACUAAACAACAUGCGUGGUCCGAGCCCACGAGAUCGCCCUGUCUGGGACUGGUUUCUGGGGUUUGCGGCUUCAUUUAUGUGGCCAUAUUAUCGCCAGAAAUUUGACCGUGAAACUUUCAACUAUGGAAAGGAAACACUAAAAACUGAAAUGUGA